UUGUUAAGGAUGGCGGAACCAGCUAGUACAGAACUAUCAGAUGUCAGGAAAGAACGUUUUAAUUUGAAUUUAUUUUAUCUUAAGAGUGAAGAAUCAGUACACAAAUUUAUCAGGAAGUUACCGGGAACAAUAAAAUUCAUUGAUGCGAAAAGGUUGGAAAGAGAUGACAUCCAUACCUAUGCUGACCAUAAGAUCUCGUAUAAUGUGAUCUUUGAAUCGUCAAUGGAUAAUGCACUGGUGUUGUCGGAAGUCUUAAAACUAUGGGAGAUAAAUCUACGAUCGAUAGAAAGUAUGUCUUGGUUGCAACUUCUUCCAAGAAAAAGACUAUCUUGCAUGUCUCCCCAACAGUCACGAGAAAUUUUAGAAAAGGUUGAAAUUCUUGGUGGAAGCAUGAUCUCUCCGAUUAAUUUUGUAAGGCACUGGGAAACAGUUGCAUCCGUUGCAAAUUUCAACAGGACAAGUCUUUGUUGGUCAUUGCAAACUCUGAAAUUAAGAUGGAAAUAA